AUGGCAGUACUGCUCAUGGUAGACGACUGCAAUAAUGGCAGAAUCAAGAGGGAGCGCAUCUUCAGGGACCACACUGAUUUACUGGCCCACGAUGAUGACUGGCUGGUCAGCCGUUUCAGAUUUCCAAGAGCAAUCCUCUUGGAACUCUGUGCUGAGUUGGGUCCCAGUUUGGAGAGGAGCACAAGGAGGAGCCACGCACUACCUGUCCCCCUGCAAGUGCUGACCACACUUGGUUUCCUGGCUACCGGGUCCUACCAGCGCGAGUUGGCAGACCGGUCAGGAAUAAGCCAGUCCGCGCUGAGCCGUGCAAUGCCAGCUGUAUGGGACGGGAUCAUCCGCAAGUUCGGCAGGUACAUCAGAUUCCCGUAUGGUGCAGCUGACCUUGCAAAUAUUAAAACGCAAUUUGCAGCAAUUGCCGGUUUCCCUAAUGUAAUCGGUGUGAUUGACUGCACACACAUUGCAAUAAAGGCGCCAUCGGUGGAUGAAUUUGCGUACGUCAAUCGCAAAAACUUUCAUUCCAUCAACGUGCAGAUCAUAUGUGACGCACAGAUGCGCUUCACAAAUGUUGUGGCAAGGUGGCCUGGCUCCACCCACGACUCCUUCAUCCUCGCCAACAGCCUGAUGGGGAUGAGGCUCCAAGCUGGCAGGGUGCGGGAUGGAUGGCUCCUUGGUGACAGCGGCUAUCCACUGAAGGAGUGGUUGAUGACCCCCCUCACCAACCCCCAGACUGCCCGAGAACUCGCUUACAACCACGCUCAUACCAUCACUAGAGCUGUUGUAGAGCGAGCGAUCGGGCAGCUGAAAUCUCGGUGGCGCUGUCUGGACAGGAGCGGGGGGAUGCUGCUGUACCGCCCCGACAAGGUGGGCCGCAUCAUUAUUGCUUGUGCCACCUUGCACAAUCUGGCGCACCGCCAUGGCGUCCCACUGGCAGAGGUGGAGGAGCCGGACCGCCUGCGUCAGCAUGAGGCCGGUCGGACGGGCCUCAUGAUCGGAGGCAGCGGUGGCGCGGGGUUCCUCAGAUGGGAGGGAGGAGGCUGUGACCCCCGAGGUUCCCGGUUCGGCAUCAUCUGA